GAAAAAAUAGUUACAUUAUUAUUGAUGUUUACAUUCAUAUUAUUUUCUAAUUAUUCACUUUCGGAAGCUCAAAAUAAAAACAAUACUUCUAGAGCUUUCUUCGUUUUUGGUGACUCACUUGUUGAUAGUGGUAAUAACAACUUCCUUAUCACUGAAGCUCGUGCUGAUUCUCCACCUUAUGGAAUUGACUAUCCUACUCAUCGACCUACUGGAAGGUUCUCCAAUGGCCUUAAUAUUCCUGAUAUUAUUAGCGAACAUAUUGGCUCAGAACCUACAUUGCCAUACUUAAGCCCGGAGUUAAAUGGGCAAAAACUUCUUGUUGGAGCUAAUUUUGCUUCUGCGGGGAUUGGAAUUCUCAAUGACACAGGGAUUCAGUUUUUAAACAUAAUAAGAAUGUCUGGGCAACUGUAUAAUUUCAAAGAAUACCAAGAAAGAGUGAGUAGAUUAAUUGGAGAAGAGAAAAGUCGAGAACUUGUUAACCGUGCUUUAGUGCUGAUCACCCUUGGAGGCAACGAUUUUGUCAACAAUUACUUCGUCAUACCCUACUCUUUAAGAUCUCAGCAGUUCGCUCUCCCAGCUUUUGUCAAUUUCCUUAUCUCUGAAUAUGCCAAAAUUCUUCAGACACUGUACGACCUAGGAGCUAGAAGAGUUCUAGUAACCGGAACCGGUCCGCUAGGAUGUGUGCCUGCAGAAAUAGCACAAAGAGGCAGAAAUGGGAAUUGUGCAAAGGAACUACAAACAGCUGCUUCUUUGUUCAACCCUAAACUUGUUGGACUCAUCAAUCAGUUGAACAACAAAAUCGGAUCCAAUGUCUUCACUGUCAUUAACUCUUUACAAAUUCACAUGGAUUUCAUAUCUAACCCACAAGCAUUCGGAUUUGUGACAUCAAAGGUGGCAUGUUGUGGACAAGGACCAUACAAUGGUAUAGGACUAUGCACCAUGGUAUCAAACUUGUGUCCAAAUAGGGAUUUAUACGCAUUCUGGGAUCCCUAUCACCCGACGGAGAAGGCAAAUAGGUUGAUCGUCCAGCAGAUUCUGGGUGGCAAUUCAAACUACAUGCACCCUAUGAAUCUUAAUACUAUUAUGGAGUUGGAUUCUAGGGUUUAAUUUAAUUUAAUUUAAUAAAAUUUAAAAAGCUAAGAGAUCAUGUAUUAGUUGUAGUAGGUUCAUCAAUCUACUUUUGCUAGAGGAAUUUAAUAGGUUUAUGCAUGUUAUCA